UCAUUGCAGGUAUCAAGACGUUACAAACAUUUUGAUUGGCUACACGAACGUUUAGUGGAAAAGUUUUGUCUCAUUCCCAUUCCACCGCUGCCAGACAAGCAAAUCUCAGGCCGAUAUGAAGAACAAUUCGUGGAACAUCGACGUGUGCAAUUGCAAGAGUUUGUCGACUGGGUGUGUCGUCAUCCUGUGCUUUCACAAUGCGAAGUGUGGCAUCAUUUUCUGACCUGCAACGAUGAUAAGAUGUGGAAAUCGGGCAAAAGGAAAGCCGAACGUGACACAUAUGUCGGUGUCACCUAUUGUUGGGCUAUAUCGCCACCCGAGAAGACACUGUUGCCAUCGCUUGUUGAUGCACAAAUGGAGAGUUGUUCGCAGUUUGUACAUGCGAUGGAUAUUUCAGUACGUAAUCUUUUGGCAUUGUCUAAUGACACUGCGAAACGUUAUCAAACACAAUGUAAAAAGGAAUUCCAACGUAUCGGCGAUGGUAUGUCAGAUCUGGCAAAGGCAUUGAAUAUUGACGAACGACGCGCACCAUCAGCAACAACUGCACUAUCGGAGAGUGUUGGACGUGUUGGCGGCAUUUUCAUAGGCGUGGGACAAUUGUUUGGCGAUCAGCCAAAAUUGGACUGGAUACCAUUUUCGGAUCGUUUGCAUAUAUACAGAGGUGUCCUGAAUAGUUUCCCGGACAUUCUUUCUACACAUAAAGGGGCAAUGCAAAAACGCAAAGAAUGCGAACGUUUGACUGCUGAACAAAAGAUGAGUAAUGCUCAGAUGACCGAUGUAAAUCGUCGUACCGAUGUUAUUUCCUAUGCUGUAAUGGCUGAAAUGUCGCAUUUUAAACAAGAGCGUGAUACACAUUUGAAACAGGCGCUAAAAUCAUUUAUUGAGGAACAAAUUAAAUUUUAUUCAAAUGUAGUUAAUAGACUUCAAGAAGCUUAUCGUCAAUUUGACUAACUUUGCUAAUUGCUCUAAUAGCUGAUCCCUGAGCUUUGAACGCUGCUGCUCGUCGCUGCUUUGUACUGCACAUUAGUGAGUGUUUGUGUGAGAUCACGAAAAACAAAAAAAAAACAAAAAACAUUAGCAAACCCAACAGCACAACAAAGUUUUAUCCGAAACAUGCUUCAUAUC